GGCAUAUUCAAACUUGGUACUCUUUCAUUAUUCUCAACCAGUUAUCUCGUUCAGUUGUACAUACUACCCAAGCGCCGUUUCGGUGCAUGUUUUUUGUGCCAAAUUUUGCUUUUAGUUCACGACUGUUUUUAUUCCAUAUGCUUGGGCAGUCAUGUCACCUUGGUUCACUUCGCCAGCUUCCUGUUAUUGCUAUUUGUGGAGCCACUGGGACUGGGAAAUCAAAACUAGCAGUAAACCUCGCCAAUGUUUUCGGAGGUGAGGUCGUCAAUUUUGACGCUCUUCAGUUGUAUAGUGGGAUAGAUAUUGCAACAAACAAGAUAUCACAUGUCGAGUGUUUAGGUGUCCCACACCAUCUUAUAGGGAUUUAUCCUCCGGAAUUCGGACAUAGAUAUGAUGUUCAUUCAUAUCGAGACAUCUGUUUACCGCUGAUUGAAAAUAUAAGAAAUAUCAGGAAGAAGUUACCUAUUCUUGUUGGUGGGACUCAUUAUUAUUUGGAAGCUAUUUUAUGGCAAGAUUUUCUAGCUUCGAAACGUACUGUUUUCGAUACAACAAGUGAAUUCGAUAGUGAAGUUUCUCUUAGGCAUCCAUUAGAAUGCUAUGAUCUUUUGCGUACUCUGAAACCAGAUGUAGCCGCACAGUUGCAUCCGAAUAAUGUUCGUAAAGUAAGAAAAGCACUUCUCGAUGUUCUGAAGGAAUCUAUUCAGACUAAAACACAGACUGAAUUGAAUGGAAAUAUAGAAAAUGUAGAUUUGGGAAAACAAGUUAUAAAUAGAUCUAUUAAACCUCGAUAUCCUGGAGAGUCACUCAUAUUAUGGCUGGACUGUGCUUCCGAUGUUUUGAAUACUCAAUUGAAUAAGCGAGUGAAUAUAAUGUUGGAUUCCGGGUUAGUUGAUGAAUUGGACACUUUUCUCGACAAAGUGAAUGUUUUGCCACAUAGAUCUAGUGAGACUGAAACAUCUGAUACGCCUGACAUUGCAAAACGAACUAGAGUGGAAAAAUUAAGGGCAUUGUUUGCUCAAGAGUUGGAGUCAGUCUCAGAUCCUAUGACUCGUCGUGGCCUACUUCAAAGUAUCGGGCUCAAAGAAUUUUCAGAUUAUUUAGCUUUAUUACCAGAAGAACGUGACACUACGGAGGCAAAUACUCUUUUAAAGCAAGCAACAGAGAAUGUUAAAACAGCCACUCGACAGUAUGCACGUCGUCAGGUUUCUUGGAUUAGAAAUCGAUUUUUACGACGUCCUAUAGAAGGUAGCAUUCCUGUUUAUCGUAUAGAUGUGACAGAUUUCUUAAACUCUGAAUCUCCAGAUAUUUGGCAUAAAACAAUUAUUGCACCAACUGUACGCUUAGUCUAUAAUGAAUUAAUGAAAAUAGAUGGUUUACUCUUUGAAAACUUGAAAAAAAACAAUGAUUAUCUAAAACGUUUACUUGAUAUUUGUUCUGAAGAUUCUUGUCCUAAAGCAGAAUCAUUUCUUUUGCCUAAAUCAUUUACUGAAUCAAAUAAUAACAACAAUUCUCCAUUCAUUUGUUCAAUAUGUUCAAAUAGAAUAUUUACACAAAUCGAUGGUUGGGAAUCUCAUUUAAAAAGUAGAUCACAUCAGAAACGUGCAGCAAAAUAUAAGAAAAGAUUACUUAUCGAAAAAGCAAUGAAAAAUUUAUCAUCCUAAUAUUUUGUUAAAUAGAUAAUGUUUUGUAUAAAAGUUGUCUUUUUUUUUCCAAUAAAAUAUAUUACAUUAA